CCAAACCACACCUGCCAAUUUUGUUAAAAGUUAACGCAAAGUUCAGUUUCCCAACAACUUGGGCCCCACCCACUACAAAGCAUCUUCCGGUUACAAUUACGGUGUUCCGGCGCCAAUUUCCGUCGUUACAAUCUCCCUCCGUCACCAAACCCUAACGCAACCGCCGAUUGAUCCUGACAAUUUCACCGGAUCAAUGGCGAUCGACGACGAUCAGUCCAAAACCUGCGUUGUUCUCGGCGGCAGAACCUUCAUCGGAAGAUGCCUCGUCGUCAGGUUAUUGACGAUUGGCAAUUGGAUCGUCCGAAUCGCCGAUUCCGCUCACUCGCUCCAACUCGAUCCUUCCGAGUCGAAGUACGACUCGCCUCUGAAUCGUGCUUUGUCUACUGGCCGUGCUUCGUAUGCUCACGUUGAUGUUCGUCACAAAAGUACAAUCGUUAACGCUAUUGAAGGUUCAGAAGUCCUAUUUUACAUGGAUGAUAGUGAUUCUUGCAAUCAGGAUUUCUAUUUUGGUUACUCAGUAAUUGUUCAAGGUGCCAAAAAUGUUGUUAAUGCGUGUCGGCGAUGCAAAGUUAAGCGACUAAUAUACACAAGUACUGCAGAUGUAGUUGUUGAUAGUUCACAUGAUAUAUGCAGUGGGAACGAGACGUUAUUGUACUCUUCAAAAUUUAAGGAUUUGUAUAGUGAACUUAAAGCUCAAGCAGAGGCGUAUGUUUUGCUUGCUAAUGACAUUGAUGGACUCCUUACAUGUGCUAUUCGCCCCAGCAAUAUUUUUGGACCUGGUGACCCGGUUCUUUUGCCAUCUCUUAUUGAAGUUGCAAAAUCUGGUUGGGCUAAGUUCAUUAUAGGAAGUGAUCAAACGACUUCUGACUUCACUUAUGUGGACAACGUUGCUCAUGCCCUUAUCUGUGCCGAAGCUGCUUUGACUUCACACAUGCUCAUUGUAUCCGGAAAGGUAUUCUUCAUCACUAACUUUGAGCCUACAAAAUCUUGGCAUUUUGCCUUAUGUAUGCUGGAGGGCUUAGGUUACUACAGACCGAUCAUCAGACUUCCUGCCGUGGUUGUACGGUCCGUUGUUUUUCUUAUAAAAUGGAUGGAUUUAAAUAUAAGUUCUAGAGACCUUAAGCAUGUUUCGGUACACAACACAAUCCAAUUGAUGUCACGCACUAGAACUUAUAACUGCUCUGCAGCUGAGCGGCAUAUUCAGUACUCGCCAAUUGUGUCACUUGAUGAUGGUAUCACAUCGACUGUCAAAUCAUUCAAACAUUUAGCUAAAGAUUUGCCUACUGCAAGACUUGGAGAUUUAGUUGAACAAUCAAAAAUUGAGGAACUUCUAGGGAGCGGGGAAGUUGCUGAUAUUUUAUUGUGGAGAGAUGAGAGGAGAUCAUUCAUAUGCUUUCUUGGAGUGGCUUUUCUUUAUUACUGGUUUUGUGUACGUGAAAGAAGGAUUGUAUCCUCUACAGCUCAGCUUCUUUUGCUUGUCGUAGUUGCACUUUUUGGAUUUGCUAGAAUCUCACCUAAUGUCUCUGGAUAUGCUAGAUUUUCAUCUAAAUUGUCAAUCUCGAGAACAUUACCAUGUUUUGAGGUGUCGGAAAUGAGUAUGAGGAGUUUUGUUAGAACCAUAGCAAACAUAUGGAAUGAAGUAGGUAAUGUAGCUAGAAUCUUGGCAGAAGGAAGCGACUGGAGUUUGUUUUUUAAGGUAGUAAUUUCAAUCUAUCUUUUCAAGUUGCUUGUGGUGAACAACUUUCCCACAUCAAUGGGAGUAGGGUUGGCCUUUUCGUUUGUUUUGUGCUUGAUCUAUGAGCAAUAUGAUGUUGAAGUCGAUGGAAUAUUAGGAAUCAUCUUUGAAAUCACGAGGCAAUCCAUUGAAUUCGUGACAAGUCGUCUACCCAUUCCAACGCCAUCUCCGUUAUGUAUCAACACCACGAAACCUACAAAAUCAAAGGAUUAAAGAUAAGCAUAACAAUAUCUGAUUUGCAAGCAAAACUAUGUAUGCCGGUUAGAUUUUAGCAUGCUUGUGUAUGAAAAUUUACCUGAACAUAUAGUGUUGACUUCAUUUCAACAUAGAGAAAAUUAUGAAUAUGUCUUAUUCAUGUGGAA